AGCCCUGCCCUCCAGCACUAUCAGCAGCAGGAGCAGCAGCAACCCCUCAACAUCAGAGAGUUGUUGAUGUACAUGGGGGGCGAAGAUCACACGUGGAUGAAAUUAACGGAAACUGGAUCCCAGGAGAGAGGACAAGCAAAUGCUUCUGAUCAACAACACAACUGUGUUACUGAUGUCAAUUCUGUGCUGAGAGAGAUGAGUGCCUUGUUGGGUGAACUGAAGGUUGAAGUCAGAUACUUGCGAGAAGACAAUGAAGCACAAGCAGCUAAGGUGAGAGAACUGGAGUUGCAAAAGACUGAGCUGGACAAGCUGAAGGAACAAUAUCAAGCACAGUCACAAGAACUGAUCUCCAUUAAAGCUAAGACAAAUACCACAGAAAACCAGGUGGAGACUCUAAAGAGAGAGAGAGAAGUGAAACAAGUGGCUUUCUCAGCCUCUCUGCUAGCUGCGGGGUCAGGAACUGUUGGACCGUUUAACACACACACACCUCUGGUCUUCAGACGUGUCGUCUCAAAUAUUGGAAAUGCAUAUAAUCCACAUACAGGAUUUUUCAUUGCACCAGUGAGAGGAGCUUACCACUUUGAGUUCUACAUUGGUGCAAGUGGUCAUGCAGCUCAUCCUACUGGAGCAGUGUUGAUCAAGAAUGGCGAGCAUAUUUUUAUUGCCUAUGAACACCAGAAUUCCCAUUUUGGAAGUUCUGCUAAUGGUGCCACAUUGUUAUUAGAGGUUGGAGAUGUUGUGUUUUUGCGUCAGUGGGUUAACUCAAGGAUUUUUGACAAUGAAAAUCACCAUAGCACCUUUAGUGGCCAUCUGCUUUUUACCAUGUGAGCAGAAAACAGUUGUUAGUUUGCUCGUGCAGACUCUACAGCAGUAUGAAGGUGUUCUCUGUACUGAUUUUUGUAUGAACCUGACUGACAAAAAUGCUAAACAAAAAUAACAUCUGCAACAAGAAAUAAAAUCAAAGAUGUUUUUCAUUUGCAUGUCUUGCAUUAAAAAAAGCACCACAGCACCUGACUGUUAGCCCUGUGCCAGAUUUAAUUAAGUGUAGAAUUUUCUAAGACAAUUGUACAUAAUAUGAUUAUUAUUUUUUUGUUUGUUUUAUAGAAAUGUUUUAUGUGGUGAAGCCAAUUUCCAAUUUACCUUUAUAUCUAUGAAAGAAUCAACCUUUGUGUUCUGUUUAUCGAGUAAGCUGUACAGCAAUCAUUAUCAUAAUAAAAUAUAUAUUAAAUUAAA